CUCUACUAAACCACAAGUGUUGCUGGAGCUCUGUUGUCUGAAUGUCAGGACGUAACGAAGUGAAUGACAAUAACGAGACACCAAAAAGAAAAAUUACGGCAAAACGAUUCUUCUGCUUCGGCGAAAAUUAAGUCGUCGCGUUGUAAUGUGAACCGCUGAUUAUUCAAGGGGAGUAACUUGCUAGUUUGAUGUACCAGCCCUUCCAUGACAAAGAAAAAUUCACUGUUCAAUAAGGUUUUCCUCUUACAAUAAGCUCAAAGAAUACCACUGGUAGAUAUUAUCUGGACAACUCUGAAGAUUGUCAAAAUAGGUAGCGAUUACAACAUAAGGUUUGGUUUAAACAAUAUCAUGGAGGAUUUUGCUUUUCCCUGGGAUUGUUUUGUUGAAAAGCGGGAAGAACAAGAGGAAGAAAACAGCACACGUGAAGUCGCUAUCCCAGAAUUGUCUCUUUUACUUGAGAAUAACAACGAUCACAAUGAUUGCCUAAUGUCCUCGGCCAUUUCAGAUUAUGAAACUAGUGGUUCUGGCCAUGGGAAGCGACUCUUUCACUUUCUCUUGCAUCUCCUUGAUAAUAAUAGAGACAACAACGCGAUAAUCAGAUGGGAGAACCGCAGUGAAGGAUUGUUCCGUAUUUGUUGCUUAAGCACUCUCGCUACUUUAUGGGGCAGAGAAAAGAACAACUUCAGCAUGGAUCAUAACAAAUUAAGAAGGGCUUUAGGGUAUUACAUCGACAAAGGCAAAUUGUUGAAAGUUGACAGACAUCUCUAUAAGUUUACCACAGAUUUUAAAGAUAGCAAAUUCAUGAAGUCGAGCAGUCAUCACCAAUCAUCGUUUGAAUACCCAAGUAAAUAUAGAGAAACUUUCAACAGCGACGAAACUCCCCUUUGAGCAUCAUCGAUGAGAGCACACGCAGCGGGGACAUCUUUAAUCCCCCACCGGUUUUCGUUGGUAGUGAGUCGAUCAAUUAUGAUGUAUGUUGCACUCAACACGAAAUCCCUGAAGCAACGGGUUCGAAAUCGUUUGAAUCGUGGUAUUGUGAUAAGACAAUUUAUAAAAAAUUGGUCAACGUAAACAGCUCGGAUAGCAUAUACAGUUCGAAUAUUGACAUUCCCAUCUUAGAAAAUUUUAAUAGUUCAUCGGCUUCAGACAACUGUAGCUCUUUGUCGCCCAAUGACUCCUUGCUGUCAGACACUUCGGAUAUUAGUUUGAAAAUAAAACGUUCCAGUUCUGAAAUAUGUCUGCCUGAUUCUCUGCCGAAUAAGCGAUACUGUCCCGAAACAGCUCAGAAUAUCACUUUCAGUGACAGCGAUUUCUCAAACUCUCAGAAGGUUACAGAUCUCCUCAAUGACGACUGGCACGAUCAAUACAUUGUGCCUGACACAGGGUUACAAAGUUACAAGGAUUUAUCCCCCGACUCGAAUCAUUUUCCGUCUGUUCGCUUCGAUUACAGCGAGGAGAAUGGGUCUUACGAUGUUGACAUGAGCUCUAAUUUCCAAUCUCUCCUCGAAGAUCUCCACAAAGAGCUACAGUUCCUAAACAAUGCAUAGAACUUCACAAUCAUUCAUAAACACAAGUCAAGUUAUGACUUCAUUGUCUGAUAUGUAUAUAUAUAGUAAUAUAAUAUAUAUAUGUAUUUAUAUUUUCCCAUUUGCUAGAUGGAUAUUCCGAUGAGGAAGGCCAUCGAAAAAAAAAAAAGCGAGUGGUUUGGUAUCCUAUUUUUCAGGAAAUAUAUUUUAUAUUGUUAUUGUUUAAUAGUAAAUGUCAAUCCUAAUCGAACAGCCUUAUAACACGCAGGUCGUUGGUCGAACGAUGAGGUAUGAUCUAGAAAUCCGUCUUCCCGUUACAUAACAUCGUUAUCUAGCCAAGAGCCAUGCUGCAUCCUACAGCAAGACGUGCAGCAUGGAAGUUUAGAAACAUAGCACUCUCUCUACAGUCUGCCCUAUUUAUGUACGCCCAUAUGUUAUAGUGCUGGCCACAAAAGAGGCGGGAAAUGUAGACUGGUCAGAGCUGGACAGUUGCUGUUUCUUUCCACGCACAGUGUUGAUGCUGUGCAUCCUAACACAGUGUUCAUAUCAGGAGAAUUAUUGAUGCUGCAACUACUUUU